AUGAAGACAAGACUACACCAAUUCGUCUUACUAUUCGAGUGUCGGUUUGACCAUCUUGUAGAGGACCACAAAGCCUGUUUUGAUGAAGAGCUCUGUAAGGUGGACACUGGACGAAGGUCCCUUAUAGACAGUGAUAAUGAGGGGUAUACUGGACGAAAGUCCCUUAUAGACGGUGAUAGUGAAGUGGACACUGGACGAAGGUCCCUUAUAGAUGGUGAUAGUGAAAUGGACACUGGACGAAGGUCUCUUAUAGACAGUGAUAGUGAAGUGGACACUAGACGAAGGUCCCUUAUAGACAGUGAUAGUGAAAUGGACACUGGACGAAGGUCCCUUAUAGACAGUGAUAGUGAAAUGGACACUGGACGAAGGUCCCUUAUAGACAGUGAUAGUGAAGUGGACACUGGACGAAGGUCCCUUAUAGACAGUGAUAGUGAGGUGGACACUGGACGAAGGUCCCUUGUAGACAGUGAUAGUGAGGUGGACACUGGACGAAGGUCCCUUAUAGACAGUGAAAGUGAAGUGGACACUGGACGAAGGUCCUUUAUAGACAGUGAUAGUGAAGUGGACACUGGACGAAGGUCCCUUAUAGACAGUAAUAGUGAAAUGGACACUGGACGAAGGUCCCUUAUAGACAGUAAUAGUGAGGUGGACACUGGACGAAGGUCCCUUAUAGACAGUAAUAGUGAAAUGGACACUGGACGAAGGUCCCUUAUAGACAGUAAUAGUGAGGUGGACACUGGACGAAGGUCCCUUAUAGACAGUAAUAGUGAGGUGGACACUGGACGAAGGUCCCUUAUAGACAGUGAUAGUGAGGUGGACACUGGACGAAGGUCCCUUAUAGACGGUGAUAGUGAGGUGGACACUGGACGAAGGUCCCUUAUAGACAGUAAUAGUGAGGUGGACACUGGACGAAGGUCCCUUAUAGACAGUGAUAGCGAGGUGGACACUGGACGAAGGUCCCUUAUAGACGGUGAUAGUGAGGUGGACACUGGACGAAGGUCUCUUAUAGACAGUGAUAGUGAGGUGGACACUAGACGAAGGUCCCUUAUAGACAGUGAUAGUGAGGUGGACACUGGACGAAGGUCCCUUAUAGACAGUGAUAUUGAGGUGGACACUAGACGAAGGUCCCUUAUAGACAGUGAUAGUGAAAUGGACACUGGACGAAGGUCCCUUAUAGACAGGGAAUGUCACUAUGGAAAAUAUUUUACAUAA